GGAAGUGUUCGCUGUUGUGGCGUUUGGGCUAAAGGUGUCCGUAGAAGAUGAAGCCAGCCGUAGAUGAGAUGUUCCCGGAGGGAGCCGGGCCCUAUGUGGACCUGGAUGAGGCUGGGGGAAGUACAGGACUCCUAAUGGACUUGGCAGCCAAUGAGAAAGCUGUGCAUCUAGACUACUUCAACAAUUUCGGAGACCUUUUUGAUGAUGAUGACAUUGACUAAUUUGUAAAAUCACAACAUUGUUCAUGGAUUUUGAGUCUAGAUGGUAAACGGUGGAUGCUGAAUUUCUGAGCAAGAUAUGUUCUUAAUUUAUGUAUGCUAUGUAAAUAAAAUUACCUAACCUGUA